UUCUUUCAGGCCGGAAGUGUUGAUGUGUUGCACUGCUACUAUGCCCAUGGAGAAGAAAAUGAAAAUUUCCAAAGACGCAGUUAUUGGAUGCUUGAAGAGGAUCUGCAACACAUAGUUCUCGUCCACUACCGGGAAGUUAAGGGAAAUAGGACAAACUUUAACCAUACUAAAGGGACUGAAGAAGCUGUUCCUUAUUCCCACGAAACUGAACAAAUUGCAAUCAACUCUGAGAUGGACAAUUCUGUUUCUUCUAGUUUCAAUCCAAAUACUUUCCAAAUGCGUUCCCAAGCUACAGAUACAACAAGCUUGAGUAGUGCUCAGGCAUCAGAAUUCGAAGAUGCUGAAUCAGCCUAUGAUCACCAAGCAAGUUCCCGGUUACAACCUUUUCUCGAAUUACUACAGCCUAAGGCUGAGAAGAUCAAUGCUGGAUUCUCUGAUGCAUUCUAUCCAAUGUCGUUUUCAAAUAAUUAUCAAGAAAAAUUGUCAGCCAUUCCUGGGGUAAAUUUUGGCUCACUUACUCAAGCAUACAAGAGGGAAGAUGGUAAUGAUGCUGGUGUUACCUAUGAGCCCACCAAAAAUCUUAAUUCUUCGUUAUGGGAGGCUGCCUUGGAAAACAGUGCUACUGGAUUUCAGUCUUUGUCUUUUCAGCCAUCAUUUUCAGCAACACAUUCUGAUACGAUGGGGAUUAUCUCUAAGCAAGAAAAUGGGAUGCUUGGGCGCCUUUUCACAGACAGUUUUGAGAAAAAGCAGAUGUGUGAGAGUAAACCAAGGGUCCAACAAGGUUGGCAGACUUCGGAAGAAAACUCGUCAUGUUCAUCCAGCUGGCUUAUGGAUCGGAACUUGCAUUCAAAUACAGCAGAUGAUGUCUCUACCAGCUUCCAUGAAGGACUCAAUGCUGCUAAUUUACUCAAUUCUCUAGCGCCUUGCCAUAUGAAUUCUGAUAAGACCAAUGAUUAUUCUAUACCAAAUGACCUUCAAAUACAGCCUUCAACCAGUGAGCAAGAAUAUUAUCUAAAGUCCAUUUCAAAGAGAAAUGAGACCAUAGAGGGAAAAGCCAAUCACGCUUCUGCUAUAAAGCCUUUGUUAGAUGGUCCAUUCACUGAAGGCUUGAAGAAGCUUGACAGUUUCAACCGAUGGAUGAGUAGAGAACUUGGAGACGUGGAUGACACACAAACGCAGUCCAAUUCUGAGACCUACUGGGAUACUGUUGAAAGUGAGAAUGGGGUUGAUGAGUCCAGUGUUCCCCUGCAAGUACGCUUGGAUAGCUAUAUGCUGGGGCCUUCUCUUUCCCAAGACCAGCUCUUUAGCAUUAUUGAUUUUUCACCAAACUGGGCAUACGAAAACUCUGAAAUCAAGGUUCUGAUCACGGGAAGAUUCUUGAAGAGUCAACAAGCAGAAGCUUGUAAAUGGUCAUGUAUGUUUGGGGAAGUUGAAGUUCGUGCUGAGGUUAUAGCUGAUGGUGUUCUUCGUUGUUAUACACCCGUCCAUAAGGCUGGGAGGGUUCCAUUCUAUGUGACAUGUUCCAAUAGGCUAGCGUGUAGUGAAGUAAGGGAAUUUGAAUACCGAGUUGGCCAAAUUCCAGAUUAUGAUGCUAAAGAUGAUAACAGUGGCUGCACAAAUGAUAUACUUAGUAUGCGGUUUGGAAAAUUGUUGUCUCUAAGCUCUACCUCUCCAACUUUUGAUCCCAACAGUCAGGGAGAGAAUUCAGUGUUGAUCAAUAAAAUUGAUUCAUUGCUGAAAAAUGACAAUGGUGAGUGGGACAGGAUGCUACAGCUUACGUCAGAUGAAGACUUUUCCCUGGAGAGAGUAGAGGAGCAGUUGCUUCAUCAGCUACUUAAAGAGAAGUUGCAUGUAUGGCUCUUACAGAAGCUGGCUGUUGGUGGGAAAGGCCCUAGUGUACUAGACGAGGAUGGCCAAGGUGUGUUACAUUUUGGAGCAGCUCUUGGCUAUGAUUGGGUCUUGCUGCCCACAAUUACUGCCGGAGUCAGUGUCAAUUUUCGUGAUGUGAAUGGAUGGACGGCUCUUCAUUGGGCAGCUUUUUGUGGCAGAGAGCGCACAGUUGCUUCCCUCAUCUCUCUUGGCGCAGCUCCCGGAGCAUUAACAGAUCCAAGUACCAAAUACCCUACUGGCAGAACACCUGCAGACCUAGCUUCUGCACGGGGCCACAAAGGAAUUGCUGGUUAUCUUGCAGAAUCUGCUUUGAGCGCCCACCUUUCAUCUCUUAAUUUGGACAUCAAGGAAGGCAAUAAUGCUGGGAUUUCAGGAGCCAAUGCAGUACAAACAGUUUCAGAACGAAUUGCAACUCCUAUCGGGAAUGGGGAUUUAACGGAUGGGCUUUCCCUGAGGGAUUCUUUAACUGCUGUCUGUAAUGCCACCCAAGCUGCUGCUCGUAUUCAUCAAGUGUUCAGGGUAAAAUCUUUUCAGAGGAAGCAGUUGAAAGAAUAUGGUGGCAAUGAAUUUGGAAUUUCAGAUGAGCAUGCACUGUCACUCAUUGCAGUGAAGUCACAUAAGCCAGGGAAACGUGAUGAGCAUGUUGAUGCUGCUGCAAUACGAAUUCAAAAUAAGUUCCGUAGUUGGAAGGGUAGAAAAGACUAUUUGAUCAUCCGACAGCGUAUUGUCAAAAUUCAGGCUCAUGUAAGAGGCCACCAGGUGAGGAAAAACUACAGAAAGAUAGUCUGGUCCGUAGGAAUUGUAGAGAAGAUUAUUUUGCGUUGGAGACGAAAAGGAAGUGGAUUGCGUGGGUUCAAGUCAGAGCCACUUAUAGAGGGCCCCAGCAUACAAGUUUCAUCCUCGAAGGAUGAUGAUUAUGAUUUACUGAAAGAAGGAAGGAAGCAAACUGAGGAAAGGUUGCAAAAGGCCCUUGCUAGGGUGAAGUCCAUGGUUCAAUAUCCUGAGGCAAGAGAUCAAUACCGUCGGCUGCUUAAUGUUGUUACUGAGAUAAAGGAAACCAAGGUGGUAUGUGAUAGUGCUGUGAAUAGUUCAGAAGGGAGAGCUGAUAUGGACGAUGAUCUCAUAGAUUUUGCAGAAUUGUUGGAUGAAGACAUUUUCAUGCCUACAGCAGCUCCAUAGUGAUCUCUGGUUAACCCUAUGAUAUCCUCUUGUAAAAUCUGCAGUGCAUUAGUAUCAGUACAUGCGUUGGCAUUUAAUUUAUUCACCAGUGGUCUAGAAGCAUGUCUUAAUGCUCUUGUAUAUGUUUAGAAAAUUUAUUUAUCUAAGAAAAUUAAAGAUAAUGAGUUUAUGUUGUUAA